AUGGCUAGAAGAACAACACGAGUUCUUGAUCCAAUCUAUCUGAUGAACACAGCUGAGAUAUUCAAAGAGUCAAUCAGAGUCAUACUUCUCUAUCCAACUCAGUUUCAUUCCAUAUCCACCUUCCUUUUUUCUCCUCUACCCAUCUCACUUUUCAUCUCACACUUUCUCAUCCACCAUUUCCCCAAAAUACCUUCAUCAACAUUUACUAUAACCCACAAUUUGUUUGGUCCUCUGCCUACCAUGCUCUCCAAAACCAUAGUUCACAUCAUUAUAUGCUUCCCUUCAUCUAUAACUUUCUCUCUUCUAGGCAGAGCCGCAACAGUUCAAGCAGUCUCAGACAUUUACAGCAGAAUAAGUAUUGACGGAAGAAGAUUGCUUAUGAGAAGCGGUUCGGCAUGGAUUAAGCUUCUCCAUACAACUUUCUGGGAACUUGUCAUAGUUUUUGGCCUACUUGGAAUUUUCAUUCUCAGUCUUGUAAUAGUGCCAAAGAUAUUUCAUGCAUUUGGUAUUUGUUCAGAAAUAUUUGGAUUCUCGGGUGUCCUUGGAGUCUUAGGGAUACUCUACUGUGUGGCAUUUGCACAUGUUAUGGUUCUGGGGAACCUAGCUAGGGUUAUAUCAGUACUUGAGGGAGAGUGUUAUGGAUUUGAGUCAUUGCUGAAGGCCAAGACUCUCAUGGAAGGUAGGCGACAAACAGCUUUGGUCAUAGCUUUGUUGAGCAAUGUAGGUUUUAGACUAGUUGAGUGUGUUUUUGAGUUCAGAUUGUGUAAGGGGAUUAAUUUAUGGGAAGGUCCUAUGUUGGUUUCCAUGUAUUCGUCAGUGCUUGUUUUUGAGACGGUCAUGAAUGUCGUAUUCUAUUAUUCGUGUAAAUCUUUUGAUGAUGAUCAAUAA